CGUUGUUGUGACAUUUUGGUUUUAGUUUUCUGUUUUAUAAAAUGGUUUAAAUACUUUUUAUACAUACAGAAACGUCGAUAUAUUAAGUAAUGAUUUCUUAUAAUCAGUUGUUAAAUUUAAUAAGAGACCAAUUCUACGAGUGCAGUAAUACAUAAUGGGUUGAAAGAGUGAUCGUCUGCGGCGAACAUUUUUCAGGCACUUCUAUUUAUUCCAUAAGUCCAAAAGGCUGAUCUGCUAAUAAUACAAUGGAGUUAGACGUAACAACACUAGAAGCUGAUGAUAACAUAGAUUGUUCUGAUAACUCUUCCGAAAGUAAAUAUCUAACGUGCAAUAACAAUGAUCAGUAUACAGUCAUACGAAUAUCUCCAAACGAAGAAAAAAAUAGUAAACACUCGUCUAAAAAACAGUCAAAACGAAGAAAAAAGAGUUCUAGCCAUACUAGACCUUUACCCAGAAUAAUUGUUAAACCGCUGCCGCCCCCUCCUCCAGAAAAUCGAGAAUGGACAACUGCAACUUCGUGUACAGAUACAUCCAACAGACCGUCAACAAUGAGGGAAGUAUUGGCCAGUAUACCAGGAUUUUGUAUUAAACCUAGAAAAAGGAGUGGUAAAAAACUAUCCACGGCUGCACAGCUGCAGCAAACAAGGGAAGGUUGUAUAGACUUAGAAACUCCUGACUCAAUUUUAGUUAACACUAAUAUUAGAUCACUAUUAAAUAAACAUACAUUCUCCUUGCUUCCUCCUCUAUAUCAGUAUAAAUUGGGGCAACUUCUUCCUAGUGUAGAUAGACCUAGUUCCUCAGGUCGGCUAAGUUCUUCUAGUCUUAAUAAUGAAUUUUUUGCUCGAGCUUGUUUGGAAUGGCAGGAAUGUCUCUCCGGAGGAGAAUUUACCCCAGAAAAUCAACAGAAAAUGAAGACUGAAGCAGAAAAAGAAAAGAGUAAGAUUGAUCCAUGGAAACUAAAACAUUUUGAACCAUUUUGGGGAGAGAAAUCGAAAAGAGAGAAAUCAUCUAUGAGCUUAAAUUCUGAAAGACCAUCUCUGAAGACAACUAUUAAGUUGAGGCCUACAGCUUCAAUUACUAGUAGUAGUACUGUUCCUAAAAUAAAGAAAAGCAAGUCCUCGAGUACUAGUAAAAGAUUAAGAUCAGUUGGUGCUGUUACAAGAUCAUCAGCAAAAGCUGAGGAAGUUGAUAAUGACUCUAUCUCAGCGAGCAGUAAAACAUCUGCACCAGUGCCAGGCCUGCUACCUUUAAAACAUAGCAAAAGUAGCCAAGGCUAUGUUGAAUGCCAGAUGGACUUUAGCUUUUCAGAUUCUUCUACAAAUAAACUCGAGGAAUCUGUGCCCACCACUCCCAUAGAUCCAUUACUUCUACCUGAUACAGAUUCAGGAAAUGAACUUAAGCAAGAAUUGGACAUGUCUGUAGUGAAAGAAGAAUCAAGUACAUCUAAAGAUUGUGAUGAUGAAAAAAUCUUAGAAAGUGACAGUACAUCUAUUGAACCAAAUAAAAGACUAAGCACAGAUGAAGAUUACAGAUUUUCAAAAAGAGUAAGAUAUGAUUAUGAUUAUCCAAUUGAAAAUUCCACUUAUCUCACACAUGAAGGUGAUCCAAAUGUCAAUAAUGGAUCAGACUUAGAUGCCAAUUACAUGAGUGCAGUUCAUCAUGGGCCUUUUUCUGCUCAGGAUCAUGUUGACACUAAUAGUGAAGAUAGUAAAGCUACCACUUCUGUUUUUGAGUAUGAUGAGCACAGUGUGUCAUCUAUGUCUAGUUUGAAAAUAGAAAACCAUUUAAACAAUGUAUCGUUAGAAAAUGAGCAAUCUGAUAAUUUAGAAAAUGAGUAUGAUAAUUCUGUUUCUGAUGCAAACCAUAUAAUUUCAAGCAAUAGUGAUGCAAAGGAGGAAUGUACAGAAGAAAAGAAAGAGGAGAGUGUAGCUCAUAUUGAUGGUAAUAUUUAUAGUAAUUAUAAUAAUAUAGACAGAGAACCUUGCAGUAAAAUCACAAAUAUGGCAAAUGAAAGUUCAUAUGAGAACAUGGAAAUUCUAGAGGACAUGAGCUGCAUCAAUAAAGAAGAAAUCUCAAAUAAUGACAAAAUUGAAGUUGAGGAGAAAUGUGUACCUGAUGAAGAAAAACCCAAGGACCAAGAGGACAUUGUUCCUAAUUACUAUGAUGAGCAUUUCAAGGAUGCUGAAUCUUUUAUAUUGGAAACAGCUGCAAUGCCAAUAAUACAAACACAAAAUGAGGAUAUAAAAUAUACACAACCAAAUAUAAUUGAGCUUACAUCCUAUAUGAGUGAAGCCAACGUAACAGCAGUAGUGACUAUGCCAAUGACACAAAACUCGUCUAUACCGAUUAUGGAAGUCACAAACACAUCGAUGGUAUCUUAUCCUGAUGAUAAUACAGAAGAUCCAGCUAAACCUAAAAACUCAGCAGUUCUGUGGAAAAAUGAAAAUGAUUGGGUGCAAGGUGAAAACAUUUUGGCCUUACAAAACUUUGGCAAUAUAAAUACAGAUAAUACAAAAUAUGUUAGUGAAGAUUCAAAAACAAGCAUAGAGGAUGCAUCCGUGAACGAUGAGAAUUUCAACAUGGAAACAUCCAACUCAUCAGAAAGCUGUCAAUCUAUGAAGGAUGUUGUCAUUAAGCAGGAAACAGAGUCAAUUACGAGUUUAAUAUCCAAUAAUAUGUUAUCUGCCUCUAUAAAUACUGGUACUGUAACACAGGGCAUGAGGAAUACUACAAAAAAGUCCAAAUCAGGCAAAGAAUCAGGAAGAAGCCGGAGCUCCAACAAAGUGCCACCGGGUGCAGUGAACCUCGAGCGCAGCUAUCAGAUCUGCCAGGCGGUGAUACAGAACAGCCCGAACCGCGAUGCGCUUCGCAGUCAGCUGCGGCCGCCGCCGGCGCUGCUGACGCGCGCCCCCCGCGCCCCGCGCGCUCCUCCCCCCGUGCUGUUACGACACGUGCCGCACCUGCCCGCUGCUGUUAUGACGCAUGAGAUCAACGAGAACAGAUCAAAUAAUAUGGGGCAGUAUAUUCUGGUCCAGAGAACUCCAAAUGUCGCCCCUAGAGCCUCGAGCGCACCGCCAGCAAAUCAAAACACAAAUGUGAACGCGACGCGAUGUCGCAGCGUAGGCGCAGAGGAUUCGUGCGUGUGCAACCUGCGCGCCAUGAUCCCCUGCAAGAAGUGCGGUGCCUUCUGCCACGACGACUGCAUCGGCUCGGCCGAAUUGUGCCUCACGUGUAUCAUACGUUGACAACGACAAUACACGCUCAUUGUGCUGACCUGGUAUCCAAGUAU